UCCGCCCCUUUUCUUAAGUUGCCCUGAUAGUAACUUGCAGUUCCAGAGCACAUGCAUGCCUGUUUCACUGCGUUUUGUUACUCCGCUGCUGUUACCUGCUGGGGAACUCACCUUGUCAUUGCCUGGGGGAUCCCCCACCCGUUACAAAUCAGAAAAGUUGUGUUGGUCUCUUAAAACCAAAGAGGUCUGGCUUUCUGGGGUGAUUCCAAGACAUUGAACUGCAAAGAAAAGACACUCCUGGAGAAGUAAAAUAUGACUAAAAGUAAUGGAGAAGAGCCUAAAAUGGGAGGCAGGAUGGAGAGGUUCCAGCAAGGAGUCCGGAAACGCACCCUCUUGGCUAAGAAGAAAGUGCAGAACAUCACAAAGGAGGACGUUAAAAGUUACCUGUUUCGGAAUGCUUUUGUGCUUCUCACAGUCACCGCGGUCAUUGUGGGUACAAUCCUUGGAUUUGCCCUCCGACCAUAUAGAAUGAGCUACCGGGAAGUCAAGUACUUCUCCUUUCCUGGGGAACUUCUGAUGCGGAUGUUACAGAUGCUCGUGUUACCACUUAUCAUCUCCAGUCUUGUCACAGGAAUGGCGGCCCUGGAUAGUAAGGCCUCAGGGAAGAUGGGAAUGCGAGCUGUACUCUAUUACAUGACUACGACCAUCAUUGCCGUGGUAAUUGGCAUAAUCAUUGUCAUGAUCAUCCAUCCUGGGAAGGGCACAAAGGAAAACAUGCACAGAGAAGGCAAAAUUGUGCAAGUGACAGCUGCAGACGCUUUCCUGGACUUGAUCAGGAAUAUGUUCCCUCCAAAUCUGGUGGAAGCCUGCUUUAAACAGUUUAAAACCAACUACGAGAAGAGAAGCAUUAAAGUGCCCAUCCAGUCCAACGAAACGCUGGUGGGCGCUGUGGUAAACAAUGUGUCAGAGGCCAUGGAGACUCUUUCUAAGAUCACAGAAGAGUUGGUCCCAGUUCCGGGGUCUGUGAACGGGAUCAAUGCCCUGGGACUCGUCGUCUUCUCUAUGUGCUUUGGUUUCGUGAUUGGAAACAUGAAGGAGCAGGGACAAGCCUUGAAAGACUUCUUUGAUUCUCUUAAUGAAGCCAUCAUGAGAUUGGUAGCAGUGAUAAUGUGGUACGCCCCUCUGGGUAUCCUCUUCCUGAUCGCAGGGAAAAUUGUUGAGAUGGAAGACAUGGGAGUGAUUGGGGGCCAGCUUGCCAUGUACACUGUGACCGUCAUUGUCGGCUUACUCAUUCAUGCGGUCAUUGUCCUGCCUCUCCUCUACUUCUUGGUAACACGGAAAAACCCUUGGGUUUUCAUCGGAGGGUUGCUGCAAGCACUCAUCACAGCUCUAGGAACCUCCUCCAGUUCUGCCACCCUGCCCAUCACCUUCAAGUGUCUGGAAGAGAACAACGGCGUGGACAAACGUGUCACCAGAUUCGUGCUUCCAGUAGGGGCCACCAUUAAUAUGGAUGGGACCGCCCUCUAUGAGGCUUUGGCUGCCAUUUUCAUCGCUCAAGUUAACAACUUUGAGCUGAACUUUGGACAGAUUAUUACAAUCAGCAUCACAGCCACGGCUGCCAGUAUCGGGGCAGCUGGGAUUCCUCAGGCAGGCCUGGUCACCAUGGUCAUCGUGCUGACAUCUGUGGGCCUGCCCACUGACGACAUCACACUCAUCAUCGCAGUGGACUGGUUCCUGGACCGCCUCCGCACAACCACCAACGUGCUGGGAGACUCCCUUGGGGCCGGCAUUGUUGAGCACUUGUCACGACAUGAACUGAAGAACCGAGAUGUUGAAAUGGGUAACUCUGUGAUUGAAGAGAAUGAAAUGAAGAAACCCUAUCAACUGAUUGCCCAGGAAAGUGAAACUGAGAAACCCAUCGACAGUGAAACCAAGAUGUAGACGAACAGAAAUGCUUUCUUGAGCACCAUGUGUUUUGAAUACCAUCACAAAACAUUUCCAUCUCAUUACAACUCAUUCUCUCCAGUAAGCCCCUUACCUCCCUACUCUGAUAGGAUUGUGAAGUAUUCAUCCAAAAACAAGGGAGGAUUUUGCAGUGGCCAAAAUGUAUAGUGUUUAUCCCACAUUUGAAAUUUUUAAGUAAUUUCCUGUUAGUCUUAUCAAAUAAGAUAACUGAGAUCAAAAAUAGUCUUGAUCAGAUUUUACAAGUUUAUGUGGCGCACAAUCCUGUCAAUGUGAUUUUUAUAAGUUAGAGUCAAACCAAUAGUAGGCUAAAAAUAUGCUUACAAAUCAACUUUUAAAAUUUAAAAAUCCUUCAGAACACAAUUCAGUUUUCGUAUCAAAACAAAACAACUUGAUAGGCUAUAACUGGCUAUCAGUUGGACAAUAGAAGGGUUUUCUCCCCUUUCUCUUCUGAUUUAUGUCCUUAUUUUAUUAGUAGCAGGACAGUAUGAAAACACACCUAGCACAACUGUGAGGAGGUACAUAAAACGAAAUUUUCAUGUGGCCAUGGACAAGUUACAUCUUAUCACUAGGCCUCAGUGUUCUCAUCUGUAAAAUAAGUGAGUUCCCUAGAUGCCUCUGUGUUCUCUUCUAGCCCAAAUGUCCUUUGGCAUCAUGAAAGAGCCUGCCCUCUAUUUCCCUUCAGGUCAUCCUGUAGCAAGUAUCAUCCCAUGGAGCAUGGGACUUUCAGAAGGAACAUUAUUGGAAUGAACAUUUCUAAGUAGGGGCGGGAUGGCAGUGUGGUUUACCAGAGCUUGUGUCUAAAAUGUCAGUUAUACAAGUCAUUAGGCCAGAGGUUAUUCCAGGAGUGGAGUUAUUCAUGAUCUCUUUGCUCAGUUCUUCCCAACAGGAGAAGUAUUCCCUUCUUUUCUACUCUUCCCAAACUGAAAGGACUGUUCUGGGAAGGAUGUCUCCUACCACUCCUCAACUGACAAUAGAUUUAGAAAUUACAGUGUAAGACUAGCAACUAGCAAGGGUGCUCCUGGUCUUACUAUGGAACACUAAAGAGUCAGCUAGGAAAAAGUGGAGCAUGGUUGACAUCAUAAAGAGAGGAUUUUUAAAACACCAAGAUUACAGGUCAUCUUUAAGGAAUAAUUUUUUUUUUUAAUGCGGUUUUAUUUUUAAACGGAAACACUUUUUCUCUUCAGUUCAAAAUCAUUUCCCAAGGAAGUCUGCAUAUCAAAAUAUAGGGUUACUUCUUAUAUAUUUUAAACAAGUCAAAUGAGUGGGCUCUCUUUCUGAUAGAGGGCUGUGAGCCAGGUGGGUGGUCUCUUGUUUGAAACGGUUUUGGACUAUAAUCAAGAGUUCUUAGAAUGAGGGAAACAAGAUAUUUCUUUGUGUUGGAAUUCUACUUACCAAAUCAUUCAAAACCUUCAGUUGGCAUGGGGUUUGGUUUUGUUUUGCUUGUGUCCCUGAGAGAAAUGGUAGAAGACGAAUCAGUAGGAAGACAUUGUCAAUGUGGUUCUAAGGGAGGGGGAAAAAAAAGCAGGAGCAUUAGUUUCAGGCAAAGCAGCUCCCAGGUUUGGAGGAGAUUAAUUUUUUCACCCCCGUAAGGCAUAUCCAGUCCAAGAGGCAGACUGGGAGCCGUCAGACAAUACCAGCUGUGUUUGAGUUUCUGACCGAAAAAUGGUGAAAAAUGGACUUAAUUAUGCUAACAGACUGAAAAUCUAGACAUACAUCCUCUAUAUACAAUUAGAGAUAUUUUUAUAGCAAUCCCAAGCAUUAUAUGUGUACAAAAGUUAACAUUAGACUGUGGUGGAGUAAUCAUUUAAUGUCAAGGCUCUAUUUUGGAAAUACACUACAAACGUUAAUGUACACGGAUGUCAUCUUAUGACGCCGGUAGAGCGAAAAUUAAUCAUGUCAAAUUAAUUCUGUUACACAGUGUGAUCUUUUUUUAUACUAACCAUUUCUUAUGGAAAGCAGGUCCUCUAGGAUGAUCCUCUCGCCAGCCCAUCACAGGCUCUGCAUACAUGCACCCAGUGUGGACUGAGAAGUAUUACUUUGUAGAUGUAUUUUCAAUAAAGAAAAAAAUUAGUUUUACAUUA